AUGUCGAAAACUUUCUUCGCCAAGGUCAAGAGCGUGCUGAGCGGCGACACUCUGGUUCUUACCGCCCCGAACAACCCCAAAGCCGAGAAGACCGUCUCCCUCGCCUACGUCAGCGCACCCCGCCUGAGCAAGGAUGGCGACGAGCCCUAUGCCUUCCAGUCAAGAGAAUUCCUCAGAGAACUUGUCGUCGGCAAGCAGAUCCAGUGCACAGUAGUAUACCAAGUAAACUCUGGCCGCGAAUUCGUCUCUGCUCUCCUCUCCCGCGAUGGUCCCUCCCUUCCCGAUGAGGCCAUCAAGGCUGGCUGGCUCAAGGUCAGGGAAGAGGCAGGCCGCAAGGAUGACGACGAGACGGUCCUCGCCCGCAUCGACAACCUGCGCCAACUGGAGAGCGACGCCAAGGACCAGGGCAAGGGUCUCUGGGCUGGCACUGGUGGCAGCAUCGAGGUCCAGAACGACCUCGGCGGCCCCGACUUCAUGAAGCAAUGGAAGGGCAAGACUGUCGAUGGUAUCGUCGAACGUGUUCUCAGCGGAGACCGUUUGCUCGUGCGACUUCUGCUUUCGGAUAAGAAGCACGUGCAGGUCAUGACGCUCCUUGCCGGAGUCCGCAGUCCCUCCACCGAGCGAACGGUUCAGUCCACUGGCCAGACCCAGCCUGCGGAGGAGUUUGGCAACGAGGCUAAGAGCUUCGUCGAGGAGAGACUGCUUCAGCGCCGCGUCAAGGUCGACAUCGUUGGCGCCAGCGCCCAGGGCCAGCUCGUUGCUGCUCUUAUUCACCCCAACGGCAACAAGAACAUCGCCGGGUUCCUCCUGCAAGAGGGUCUGGCGAGAUGCAACGACUUCCACUCUACAAUGCUCGGCGAGAAGAUGGCUGCCCUGCGCGCUGCCGAGAAGGCCGCCCAGGACAAGAAGCUUCGCCUGCACCAGCACCACGUCGCCAAGGCUGGCGGCUCUCAAUCAGACAUGAUCGUUGCCAAGAUCAUUGGUGCCGAUACCAUUAUCGUCCGUAACAAGGCCGGCACUACGGAGAAGCGCAUCAACCUCAGCAGUGUCCGCGGUCCCCGCACUAAUGAGCCCUCCGAGGCUCCCUACAGGGACGAGGCGAAGGAGUUCCUUCGCAAGAAGGUCAUUGGCAAGCACGUUCAUGUCACCAUUGACGGAUCCAAGCCCGCUCAAGACGGCUUCGAGGCUCGUGAUGUCGCGACCGUCACCGAGAAGGGCAAGAACAUUGGUCUUAUCCUUGUCGAGGAGGGUUACGCCACUGUUAUCCGCCAUCGCAAGGACGACACCGACCGCGCCUCCAACUACGAUGAGCUUCUUGCUGCUCAAGAGAAGGCCAAAGAAGAGAAGAAGGGUAUCUGGUCUGGCAAGGCCCCUAAGCUCAAGCAGUGGGUCGACGCUUCCGAGUCUGUACAGAAGGCCAAGAUCCAGCUGGCCACCCUGCAACGCCAGAAGAAGGUUCCUGCCAUUGUCGACUUUGUCAAGUCUGGUUCCCGCUUCACCGUUCUCAUUCCCCGCGAGGGAGUGAAGCUCACCCUGGUUCUCGGUGGUGUCCGCGCUCCUCGCGCCCCCGGUCCCCGUGGCGAGAAGGGUGAGGAGUUCGGCGCGGAGGCUGCUGACCUUGCAAACCGCCGUCUGAACCAGCGUGACGUCGAGGUUGACAUUUACGAUAUCGACAAGGUUGGUGGAUACAUCGGUGACUUGUACAUCAACCGUGAGAGCUUCGCCAAGAUCCUGGUUGAGGAGGGUCUUGCCUCCGUCCACGCCUACUCUGCUGAGAAGUCUGGAAACGCCAACGAACUGUUCGCCGCGGAGAAGAAGGCCAAGGAGGGCCGCAAGGGCCUGUGGCACAGCUGGGACCCCUCCCAGGACGAGGAGGAGGAGGCUGUCGCUGUUGAGACCACCACCAACGAUACCCCUGAGGCUUACGAUAACAAGCCCAAGGACUACCGCGACAUUGUCAUCACCAACAUUGAUGGCAACGGCAAGAUCAAGAUCCAGGAGAUUGGCAAGGGCACUGCCGCUCUUACCAUUCUGAUGAACGACUUCAAGAAGUUCCACUUGGACUCGAAGAACGCGAAGCCCAUCAGCGACUCCCCCAAGACUGGCGACUUUGUCGCCGCCAAGUUCUCCGCCGACGGCCAGUGGUACCGUGCCCGUAUCCGCUCCAACGACCGCGCCGCGAAGGUGGCCGAGGUCGUCUACAUUGACUACGGCAACACGGAAAAGCAGCCCUGGUCUAAGCUCCGUCCUCUGGACCAGGCCCAGUUCACCACCCAGAAGCUCAAGGCUCAGGCCAUUGACGCCUCGCUGUCCUUCCUCCAGCUGCCCAACGCCCCUCACUACCUCGAGGAUUCCAUUGGCUUCCUUGCGGAGCUCACUGAGGGCAGAGAGUUGGUUGCCAGCUUCGACUUUGUCGACACCAAGGAGAACUUGAGCUACAUUACUCUGUUUGACUACAACGCCAGCGACAAGAAGCCUGGCCCGAACGACUCGCUAAACAAGGAGGUCGUCGCGAACGGCAUGGCCAUGGUGCCCAAGAAGCUCAAGGCUUGGGAGCGCAGCAGCCAACACGCCGCCUACCUGAAGCACCUUAAGGAGGUUGAGGCACAAGCCAAGGAGGAGAGGCUAGGCAUGUGGGAGUACGGCGACAUCACCGAGGACUAA